AUGUCUCCAUCAGUUUCAUAUGAGUCCUUUUUAGUCACCGAAUCUUUUGCAGGGUUCGAGGAUCCUGAAAAAUUCAAGAAAUAUGUUCCAAAAUUGGAAAAAUACAAGAAAGAAUUAGAGGAAAGCAUUUUGGAUGAAUACAAAGUCGACAUGACUAAGCCAAUUGAGGAAUUGGUCAAAAACCAGCUUGACGCUGUUGAUUAUUUGUACACGGAAAAGUUAUUGACGCCAGAAGAAUUUGAAAUAACCGAUUCAACUGCUUCGAAAAUCGUUAAAAACAUUGCAGACGGUAAGUGGACUGCUGUUCAAGUUCUUAAAGCCUUUUCCCACCGUGGAACUAUUGCUCAUCAAUUCACCAACUGUGCACUUCAAAUAUUUGUUGAUGAGGGUAUCAAACGUGCUGAAGAGUUGGAUGAAUAUCAAAAGAAGAAUGGUAAAUUGGUGGGACCCUUGCACGGCGUUCCUGUUUCAUUGAAGGAGCACUUCAACUAUGCAGGUAAGGUGACCCAUUCAGGUUACGUUGCAUUGAUUGAUAACUUGACUGAGGAAUUUGGUGUCACACCUCAAAUCUUGCACGACUUGGGAGCUGUCUUUUACAUUAGAACCACUCAACCACAAACACUUAUGCACUUGUGUUCUGAGAGCAACUACUCCGAUGUAACCAAGUGUCCUUACAACAUUUCUUUGUCAAGUGGUGGAUCUUCAUCAGGUGAGGGCGCUGUCGUUACAUUUGGUGGUUCUGUGUUUGGUAUUGGCUCCGAUAUUGGUGGUUCAAUCAGAUCACCAGCGGCAUUUUCUGGUUGCUUUGGACUCAGACCAACUACGCACAGAGUAUCAUUGGAAGGUAGUACCUCAUCAUUAGGCGGACAAGAAACUAUCCAAGCAGUUUUUGGUCCAUUAGCUCGAACAGUGGAAGACAUUGAGACGAUGAUGAAGUCAUACCUUAAUGAGGGUAAACCUUGGAAUUCAGAUGCUUCUUUAAUUUCUAUGCCAUGGAGAGAAGUCGAAAAGCCUAGUGCGCAGGAUUUGACUAUUGCAGUUAUUAGAGACGAUGGCUUGGUUAGGCCUUCUCCACCAAUUAGACGUGGUGUUGACACUGUGGUUGAGAAGUUGAAGGAAGCGGGUGUCAAUAUCAUCGAAUUUACACCUCCAAAUACCAAGCUCGCGUAUGAAACAAUCAACAAGAUGUACAACUGUGAUGGUAAUGAGACUAACCGUAAAAUGUUGGGUGAAAGUGGUGAGCCAUUGACUCAAUUAACCAAAUGGUCGUUGAAUUAUGGUGAUGGAUCAAGGAUGUUUUCCGUACCUGAAGUUCGUCAAUUGCACAUGACCAGGAAUGAAUUGAGAAACGAAUACAACAAAUUUAUGGUUGACAACAACGUCGAUUUUAUCUUAUCACCAGCAUACAACAAUGUUGCCCCUCAUCCACGUGAAGUGUUCAAUUGGUCCUACACUGCUUUGUUCAACAUUUUAGAUCUCCCAACAUUGGUAUUCCAAACUGGAUUGAAACAAGAUCCAGAAAUUGAUGUAUGGACCGAAGAGGAUAAGAAGCACCAAUAUAGAUCUAAGUUGGAGCAAUUAGAGAAUGAAAUGUACAAGCCAGAAGAGUUUAAUCACGCUCCAAUUGCUUUACAAUUGAGUGGACGCAGAUACCGCGAUGAAGAAGUUAUUGCUGCUGGAAAAGUCAUUGUGGAUGAUAUUUUGAAGGUCAAUUUGCUCAAGCAUUAA